GUGAGAUCGCCGACCGAAGUGGCUGACGACUCUGAGAAUGAUGUGGACAAGGAUGCCUGGCCCAAUGUGUCCCUGAAGAAAGUGAUCCUGAACUUGACAGUCCUAGCAAGCGUGCAAGCCGGGGUGAUGAACGGAGCGGUGACAUUGUUGCAAGCAAGAACCGUCGUGGUUGAGAAAGAUGUUGCUCACCAACGCCAGACAGCCCAGGAGACAGCACAGAGCCUUGAAACCUUGGCCAAUGAAGUCAAGAACAUGAAGGUCCGGAUUGAUGAACUCCACGAUAAUAGACCUGCUCCAGAGCCAGCUCGCGGAUCAGACGGUGCACCGGAUCCCUGGGCUGAUUUCCUCAACCGGAAGAAGUUCGACAAGGCUCUGCAGCAACAUGGUAUCUCGACGAUCUCACCCGACCCCACGUUCCAGAACUGCCCAACUCACUAUCCCCGGGAUGAAGAACGAAGCGGAAGACAGAUUGACAUGGCCUUCAAGCGUCAGCUGCAUAUUGCCCCUCUAACAUUCGCCACGGACCGCCGUCUUGCUAUCGGAUCAGAUCAUGCUCUCAUCUUUGCAGACAUCUUCGUCGCGAAUGGCCCUUGCAGAACACGAUGGAGGAACGACUCACGCGCUAGAUGGGUGAAUGGUCAAUUGGGGGAUGAUGUCAUUGUCGAUGAGGAGGACUUGAUCGCCAUUGCCAAGAACAGCACGAAGCCAAGAGCAUCUGCCAAAUAUAAAGAUAGCGACGAAGUUAUUGCAGCCAUCCGGACUGCAAGGUCAAGCAACUUGGCCUCUGACUGGAAACGUGCUCAUCGCCUCCGCCGUCGUCACCGUAAAGAUUGGCAACAGCAGCGACUUAGUGCAAUUCUUGGGGGUGAUUGGGACCAAUAUCGUUGCCUACAAAAUGAAAAGAAGAGGAUUCGUGGUUGGUGGGGAUCGCUCUUGGCGGACAAGUCUGCUGAACAGCUCGCGGCUGAGAUACAUGACCACUUGGCCGAGAAGAUGACCAGCAUGGAGGGCCACUCGAAAUGGGAUGCUGAACUGGACGAUGUGAUUCAAUCCCUAGGGGUGAGCUUGCCCUUCACCCCCUUCCAGUUGCAUGAAGUUUGCGCUGAACUCCAAGGGAUGAAAGCUCGGAGCGCAGUUGGCCCUGAUCAAGUUGGGGUGCAUCUUCUGCGGGCUAUCGUUGCACAUGACACGCUUGCGGAUGGCCUUCUUGGGUUGAUCAACCACAUCGUUGCUCGCCAAGAACUUCCCGCGAGCUGGGAACACAGCUUCCUGGCACUUCUCGCGAAGAUACCCCAGCCCCAGCGGCCGGCCGAUCUUCGUCCGAUCUGUGUCUCCGACUGGUUUGCUCUCGCAUCCUUCCGACGAUUCGCA